AUGGGCCAAAGGCUUGCUCCAGUUCUUGCCGUUUGCUUUAUGAGCAGAAUAGAACAACCAGUGAUAGAACGUCUUCCACAGAUGUACUGCCGUUAUAUCGAUGAUUGCUUCAUUAUAACAUCAACGCAAUCCGAAAUGGACGAAUGCUUUAGAAUUCUGAAUGAACGAUCGCAGUACAUAAAACUCACACGAGAACAACCAAAAGAUGGUUGGCUGCCUUAUUUAAAUGCUCAAAUAAGAGUACACAAUGGCAUUGCAAGUGUGAAAUGGUAUCGCAAGGAAAGCCCAUCCUAA